AUGUAUAUUUUCAUAAACAAUAAUAUUGUAUAUUCAUCUGUUUGAAGCUGGCGUGUAAAACCGAAUGUAAAAGACGCAAAAACGAAACGUCAGCACGGGAAGCAUAGAAGUAGCACACAUAGAACAGAAGUACCGCUUCUUACACUUGCUUUCAAUGUGAAUGAAAUAUCUAUAACUCAUAUUUCUAUGUGAAUUUGUUCGGGUCUCCCAAAAAGUUACAUAUUGUAACAAGGGCCAGGUCAGCAUCACCAGCCAGAGGGCGCUCAGUUUCAGAUGAUUUUAUUUUGAAGAGGAAGUUAAUAGUAGGUGGUUUGAGAGGAAUCGGAGAAACAGAAGCCGUUUAUAAUCGCAAUGGAAACACAUGAUGUUGUUUGAUUCACUUGCAUUUGACUUGCGGAGUGCACACCUUGGCUACUUUUUUAUCGCGGUCGUAUAAGCGAGCUACUGAAAGCGAUGGUUAAAGUUUGAGACCGAUCGAAUUAAAGUCAAGACGAUGAGACAAAAAAGAGACGAUCGUUGAAGAGGAUUAAAAGCGCCCGGAAACCUUUAUUUAUCUCUUCUUUGAUCAGAUUCUGCUCACUUAAUUCAUUAUUGGUGACCAGUUCCCUGGUGUUUUGUUGUUGCAGUUGCACAUCAGAGGAAGAUGUAAAACCAUAGCCAUGUGGUUUAUUUUCUUUCCAUGUAAGUUAUUAGGCCUACAAUGUAGCUAUUUUCUUCAUCACAGAAUACGUGUUUUAAGUAAAUCGGCAUACUUAGGGUUAUUUUACAUUAUUGCCACAAGAUCGACUAGGAAGUGCUACAUUUUCAUAUAAUGUAGCCUAAUUCUAAAUAAUUUAUUAGACCACAGACUCUUGCCUCUCUUGUUUACCGUAGGACAGCCUACAUGCACGAAAUGGACACAAAACAACUCCUAAACAUCCUUUUAAACUUUAAAUUGACUUUUUAAUAGCCAAUAAUGUUGCUAAAUCGCAUGGUUUUUGCAUUCAUCAUUUUUUUAAAUCACCAAACCCACAGCAGUCAGACCUGUUUCUAUUGGCAGUGCCCCAAUCUGCCAGAUUCUCGAUGCAUAAUCUUCAGAGAAAAAAAACGAUGUUUCUAUUUUUGACUGUUUUAGACAAACCCAAACUAGGCACAUUAACAUUUGUUUUAUGCAUUAGGGUUAUUUAUUUACAUCCCUCCUGUAAAUUAUUAAUAUCUAAUUCAUAAACCAUUCUUUCUCCUUCAUGCUAUAUCCACAUAUCUAUAUGUGCUAAGAGCUCAUAUUUCUCUAAGGAGGCUAAUUUUAGUAAAGAAAAAAAGGGUUGGAUUACAUCACUCUGCUUCCUACAACUGACAUCUGUUACCAGUUGAAGUAUCAUUCCCUCUGAAAAUAGCAGCAAACAGGAAAUUGCUCACACACUGAAGGUAAGUCUUGCUAGUUAAUGUGACACGUAUAAACUGACUGACAAAUUGCAGGGCAUGAGUGACGAUGUGCACAGAGGAGAACUUCCAGACUCUACAUGCCUGUUUUUGCCAAUUCAGCAAAAGUUAGUUGUCAGACAGAAGAAAUAGCGUCUGCCAUUUGAGAUGGACAGAAUAUUUAUACAGUUGUACAGUGAAAACUUGGUCCUUUUACGCAGAAACAGUCUGAUCUGUCUGUCAUCCAGGCUACAGUAAACCCAGUACAGGAGCCAGUUUCCAGCUAGAUUAUCUUCUCAAGUGUGUCACUGUCAUUUUAUGAUCAAAUCAAAUCAACCUUUAUUUGCCACAUGCGCCGAAUACAAGUGUAGACUUUACCGUGAAAUGCUUACUUACAAGCCCUUAACCAACAGUGCAGUUCAAGAAGAAGAAAAUAUUUACCAAGUAGCCAAAAAUAAAAAGUAACACAAUAACAAUAACAAUAACGAGGCUAUAUACAGGGAGCACCAGUACCGCGUCAGUGUGCAGGGGUACAGGCUAGUUGAGGUAAUCUGUACAUGUCGGUGGGGGCGAAGUGACUAUGCAUAGGUAACAAACAAACAGCGAGUAGCAGCAGUGUACGGGGGGGUGUUGUCAAUGUGAAUUGUCCUGUGGCAAUUUUUAUGAAUCAGUCUAAUGGCUUGGGGGCGAUGAUGAUGUUGUGUGUUGAAGUCUCUUCAGGUUCCCGUGUGAGGUUAUGAAGAUGGGACGCGGCGGUGUGUGGAGCAAAGCUGGCGCUGGCGGCUGACAGGCCCCUUCAGUGGCCAAUCAGGAUGCAUGUCUCCUCGAUGGGUGUCAGCAAGCUCUGCUUCCUGUUCUCCCUGGCUCUCUGUGCUUUGUUGCUCCUCAUCCCCACCCUCCAGCCCUCACAGCAUCAGGGGGACUUGCCCCAGCCCAGGGCCCACAACAAGCCUGCCCGGCACCCUGGACGUCUGGUGGUUCCUCUCCAGGCAGAUAUGGGGAAAGUGACAGUGGGGCGUAAUGGGAUUGAUGGUGACUCUAUGGGGCAGAGCACACCAAGAGAGACCAAGAGGACUGUGGAUGGGGACUGGGUGUAUACAGCUCGUCGAGCUGACACCCAGGGCACUGGGAAGCAUACAGACUCUCAGACAGGGUCAGAGGGGGACUUCCUCCACAGAGCUGGGGGUGUGACGGGGGCUGGAGGGUCUCAGCCCAGGAACCCUCUGGAGCUUAAAGACAUUUUCAUAGCGGUGAAGACCACCAGGAAGUACCACAAGUCCAGAUUGGAUCUGCUGUUCCAGACCUGGGUGUCCAAAGCCAAAGAACAGACCUUUAUAUUCACAGAUGGGGAGGAUCAGGAGCUGAGGAGGAGAGCAGGGGCUAACGUCAUCAACACUAACUGUUCAGCAGCACACACACGGCAGGCGCUGUGCUGUAAGAUGUCUGUGGAAUACGACAAGUUCAUCGAGUCACAGAGGAAGUGGUUCUGCCAUAUGGAUGAUGAUAACUAUGUGAUUGUACCCAGUCUGCUGAAGCUGCUGUCCUCCUACCAUCACACGCAGGAUGUUUACCUGGGCAGGCCCAGCCUCGACCACCCCAUAGAGGCCGCAGAGAGGGUCAAGAGUGACGGAUCUGUGUCAGUGAAGUUCUGGUUUGCUACAGGAGGAGCAGGGUUCUGUAUCAGUCGUGGUCUGGCCCUCAAGAUGAGUCCAUGGGCUAGUCUGGGGAACUUCAUCAGCACGGCGGAGAAGAUCCGUCUCCCUGACGACUGCACCAUGGGUUACAUCAUCGAGGCGCUGCUGGAGGUGACACUGACACACACACACCUAUUCCACUCCCACCUGGAGAACCUGCAGAGGCUUCCCACGGACACCGUGCUGGAGCAGGUCACAUUGAGCUACGGGGGUUUUGAGAACAGGAGGAAUGUGAUCAGCAUUGGAGGAGCCUUCUCUCUGGUGGAGGACCCGUCACGAUUUAAGACUGUCCACUGCCUCCUCUACCCAGAGACUGACUGGUGUCCUAGUAAGGGGCACCAUUGAUGGCCACUACAGUACAGCAUAUCUACAUUACUUCCUACCGGCCUGGUUGACUGGUGUCCCUGUGUAUGCUAGCUAUAUCAUUGCCAUGGCAAAAUAAUGUCAAGGCCAAACCCCUACAGAACCACUUUCCUCAGAUCAAAUGGCUAGAUGUCUGUGGGUCUUUGAGAGGACAUGAGGCGAGACAAGAUGAGGUAACUGGAGUGAGGAUCACUUUGGUCAUGGUGGGAUGAUGAAGAAACACCCCACUACUCUUUCUUAUCACUCCUGUACCCUCCACUCAACGCAGGAAGUUGUCGCUGUUGGCUGUUGCCGUAGCGAUGUUUCACCACUCAUUGCUUUUGUUGUAGCUUUGAAUCCCAAACACACUAUUGUGGUCCAGAGAUGUCUUUGAAGAAGUAUUAAUGUAUUUAAAUGACUGUUGAAAAGGUACCUUAAGACGCUGAACAUGGUGAAAUGUAUUUGCUUUUUGGUCCCAAAAAUGUACUUGACUGGUGUUUUAUUAUGAGGGCCCAUGACCAGAAAUCAUCAGAGGUGAAUAUCUGAUAUCAGUGUUACAUUAAGUAAUGCCUGAGAGUCAUUUGUGACUGUUUAACGGAGUCAAGAACGUAGCGUAAGCUCACUCCACAGCUUGCUUGAAAUGAUCCUUUUGCAUAGGUCAAACGUGUGUUUGUGAGCAGAGGAUUGCUAGUCCCCUGGUAUGGGGACAGGGACAGUGGAGGAAGCCAUACUGUUAGCAGCAUACUGACAUCAGUUUCACUUUACAGACAACCCUUGUGCCCCUCAUGUCCUGAAGUUAAUUUCUUACCAGAAGAGGUUUCAAACUGGUGUGUGUACAUGUGUGUGUGCAACCUAACUACUCAGUCAGAAUGAUUUUAACGUCUUAUAGCCAAAGAUGCCAGUGCCUUAUGUUUCAGUCAACUGGACUUUGGAAAUGCACAUGACAAAUGUUUUAUAGGAAUGAAACUGUGAGAGUACUGUAUGAAUAAAUGUAUGAAUAAUACACACAGCCCUGCAGUAACCAAAACAGACUCUGAACAUGAGCACACUAUCUUAAAGAUCAUGCAUUAGAUAUUGUUGUUGCCUCGAAGUGUUUCCCACAAUGCAUGUUACAAGUUAUUUCUCUGUCAAAAAGACUACACGUUUUGCACUCAUCUCAAUUUCCUGUGUGUAAUAUUUCUGUGUAUUAAAACUUACGGUAGUGUUGUAAUGCUUGAGCUGGAAGUACAUGUCUUUUCCUUUUUGCACAGAAACACUAGAAUCCAAAUACAGAAUCUCUCUUUCCCCGCUGCAGGUCAGUGUCAGAGGGAGAGUCAGACUCCAGUUAGGAUGUGAUUUUUCCUCAUCUUCUGUCCUCCUUUUUACCAUUGAUGUAUUAUUUUGUGUUGAAUAAAGCAUGUUUUGCAGCAUUACAAAACAA